AAGAGAGCGUGGCGAGUCUGCUGUCAAGAGUUACAGGAUGCUAACAGAGUUAGUUUUCUGGUGAUUUGGGGGAUGUUUAAAAGAUUCACAGCCGAUGUUAUUGGCUCCACUUCCAUGUUUUAAUAGUUUACUUACGUUGUCGCUUUUUUCAGCUAGUCGUUGAACGGGUGGACUAGCUAAACCCAAAAUGCAGGCCGCCAAGGUCCGUUGUUUAGCUUUGCAUGUGUCGAGACUCUUCGGUUUCAGCAGACUUUACCUUCCUGAACACGUUACAGUGUCUGCUUGUCGUCGUAACCAUUUUUUUGUCAACCAGACUCGCUUUUGUAAAACAAGGACGACAGCGGAGGACGUCGUAGUUAUUCGUGUGCCUAGGUAUCUUCAGAAGCGCGUAGAAAACGUGAAGCAAACUCGAGGUAAAAUCAAGAUAAACAACGUCAAAGCUGGCAAGCUCCUGAUUCAGAGCAAGAAUCCUACUCUAAACCAAUCUGCUGGAUACAUUCUGGGAAAAUUCGAGCAACCUCUUUUAUGCUCAAAGGGAUGGAAGCACAACAAAUCAUUCGGGGACUAUUUUAUGAUCAAAAACACCAAGGCCGCGGCACCCUGCGUUGAAGGGAAUCAGAAGGAGGAUGGUGGACAGGAGACAUCAGUAACGUUUGAAAACCUCCACAUCUGCAAGGAGCUAAUAGAAACUUUGGAUGGAAUCGGGAUUACCCAACCCACCACUGUACAGCUGCAGACCAUCCCAAAGAUCAUUAAAGGCCACAACAUCCUCUGUGCUGCCGAGACGGGCAGUGGAAAAACAUUGAGCUACUUAUUGCCUAUAGUUCACAGGCUGCAGGCUUAUAAGCAGUCAGAUAUGUAUACUGAGAGUGUGAACAUGACUCGUGCUGUUGUUCUUGUGCCUUCUAGAGAGCUGGCUGAGCAAGUGGCAUCUGUGUCCAGGACUCUGUGUGCUCCAUUUGGCUUGCUUACAAGGACUGUAGGUGGUGGGCGAGGUGUAGGACAGAUCAAGACAGUCUUUAAGAGGAAUCAUCCAGACAUUUUAGUGGCUACACCAGGUGCUCUUGUCAAGGCUCUGCGAAGACGUUGUCUGGAUUUAAGUGAGCUGAGCUUUGUGGUGGUGGAUGAGGCUGACACCAUGUUUGACCCCAGCUUCUCAGAUAUGCUGGAGAACAUCCUAUCUUACACACAUAUCGCAAGUAAUCCUAAGGAAACCUGCGGCCUGGGUCAUAAAGCCCAGCUGCUUGUGGUGGGGGCAACCUUCCCAAGCGGUGUCGGUGAAGUGCUUAGCAAGGUGACAGACCUCGGCAGAAUAGUGACUUUCAAGAGCAAGAUGCUACACUGCCUCAUGCCCCAUGUCAAACAGAGUUUUCUGAAGGUUAAGGGUGGAGAGAAAAUCCUGGAGCUCCAUCAAGCCCUGAAGCUACUGCAACACAACAAAGAGGGCGCUGCUGCUCUAGUGUUCUGCAAUAAGUCUGCCACCGUGAACUGGGUGGGCUACUCACUUGAGGAACUGGGGGUUCAGCAUAAACGACUGCAGGGAGGAAUGCCUGCUGUUGUGCGUGCAGGAAUCUUCAAAUCCUUCCAGAAGGGCAUGGUAAAUGUUCUCAUAUGCACAGAUAUUGCUUCACGAGGCCUGGACACUUCAAGAGUAGGCUUGGUUGUCAACUAUGAUUUCCCAGAAUCCCACACAGACUACAUCCAUCGAGCGGGGAGAGUGGGAAGAGCAGGAGGGAUGGAGGAUGGCGAGGUGCUUAGCUUUGUCACCCAUCCCUGGGAUGUGGAGCUGGUGCAGAGCAUUGAGACUGCUGCUCGUAGGAGAACUAUGUUACCUGGAAUGGAAUCUGCCAUACGAGAACCGAAGCCCAAAGAGGAAGAUGGAAAAGAGUAGAUCUUUUAUAUAUUUGGAACUAUUUAUUUAAACAGAAAAAAAUAUAACCACAAUUAACAAAAAGCAAGAUUAGUUUAAAAACAAUGAAUAAAAUUGUUUAACUUUGGCUGAUCAGUCUCAGGUCUCGAGAGUUAAAUAAUGGUCCAUGGUGUGACCUGGUAUCUCUUUGUUCAACACUGAGAAGUGGUAGUUUUUGGUAAUAUGGAAUGUACACUUGUAGAGAUUUUUUCAGCGAUGACUUUUAUUUAAAUGUUUAAUCCUUUGACUUUUCAGUUAACUGUUGCUGGCAUUUUGAAGUACAAUAAAAUCCAUUUUCCUUUGUUAAAUUUGCUUUAAUAUAGCUGUAUGUCACUUUUGAAACUGCAGAUUGAAUUUUAAAUGGCUCGACUUUAAAUGUAAUCUAUAAUCAUUGCUAUUUAAACCAUAAUCAGAUGUUUUUCAUUGAUUCCAGACAGAAAUUGCUGUUACAGUAUCAUAAAAUAACAAAGAAUGAGAACAAAAUUAAACUAUAUUAUGCAAAAUACUGCAUACAAUACACACAAGCAAAAGCAUAAGUUGGUAAUUUUGUUACACAACUAUAUUUAAAGAAUUGGUGCUCUGUUAAUUCUGUUGGUGAGUUUUGUUUCAGGCACCAAAUAAAAAAAUAGAAAUUUGAAAAACAGCUUCUGCAUAAAACAAAAUUGACCUCUAUUGAAAAUGCAAAGUGUUUUUUUCUUCUUUUAAUGAGACUUCAAGAAAUAAUUUU